AUGAUGAGGAAACAGCAGAAGUUGAGCAGCGGUUUGUCCGAUAAAGUGCGCAAGUCUAAAGCGGCUCCGGAGAUUCAGAAAAAUCCAUUCGAGGUGAAAAUCAACCGCAAGAAGUUCGAUGUUUUGGGUCGCAAGAGCAAACAUGACGUGGGUCUGCCGGGUGUCUCGCGAUCCAGAGCCAAUCAGAAGAGGAAGGAAACUCUCCUGAAGGAGUUCAGACUCAAAGGCAAGAACAACAAAUUUGUUGACAGACGCUUCGGUGAAUAUGACAAUAAGAUCACACCUGAGGAGAAAAUUUUGCAGAGAUUCACACUGGAGAGACAGCGUACUCAUGGCAGGAAGGACAUGUUUAAUCUGAAUGAGGAAGAGGAGCUGACGCAUUACGGUCAGUCUCUGGCAGAGAUGGAGAAGAUGACGGAUGUAAUUGACAGCGACAGUGACUCUGAGGAGAAGGGACUGCUGUCAGCUGAACUGACUGCGUCACACUUUGGCGGUGGGGGAGGUUUAUUGAGGAUGAAGAGCGCUGGAGAUGAAGAUGAACAACACAAACCCAAGUCACGACAGGAACUGAUCGAAGAACUCAUCGUCAAAUCCAAACAGGAAAAGCGCGAGCGUCAGACUCAGAAGGAGGAGGCGCAGGUGCUCACGGAGAAACUGGACCAGGAGUGGAGAUCCAUUCAGAACCUUCUGGCCCACAAGACCCCUAAAGCUGAGAGGAAAGAGGAGGUGGACAAGCCCAAGAUGGAGGACUAUGACGUGAUGGUGCGAGAGCUGGGCUUCGAGAUGAAGGCUCAGCCGUCAGAGAAGCUGAAGAGUUCAGAGGAACUCGCUCGAGAGGAGAGACUCCGCCUGCAGACGCUGGAGGCCGACCGACUGAAGAGGAUGAUGGGAGAUGCUGAGGGAGAAUCUGCUCACACACACACACACACCUCUGCUGAUGAUAUCAAUGAUGGAUUCAUACUGGAUGGUGACGAGCGAAAAACACUCGCUUACAAGGACGGCAAAUGGAACAUAGAGGAGGACAGAGAGGAAGAGGAGGAUGAGGUGGGAGAGGAAGAGCAUGAGAUCGGUGCAGAUGAUGAGGGUGAAGAGGAGGAUGAAGAUGAUGAUGAUGAUGAUGAUGGAGAUGAUGAUCUUCAGUCUGAUGAGGAUGAGGGGGAUCAGGCCGCUGUGGAAGAGGAGGGUCGUGAUGAAGAAGAAACAGUGAGGGAUGAAGAGCAGAGGAGAGCCAUACAGGAGGCAGCCCGAGCAGAACUGCCCUACACCUUCACAGCUCCGGAGAGUUACAGGGAUCUGCAGUCGCUCCUGCAGGGUCACACUUCAGGGCAACAGCGCCUCAUACUGGAUAGAAUGAUCACAUGUCACCAUCCCAGUCUGGCCUCGGGGAACAAAGCCAAGCUACAGAGGUUGUUCGGCUUUCUGCUGGAGUAUGUCGGUGAACUCUCCUCCCAGAAUCCACCAGAUCUCAGAACAGUCAACUUAUUCAUCCCUCAGAUCUACAGUCUGUGUCAGCUGUUCCCAGAAGCAGCCUGUAAAGCGGUUCAGAUGUUGCUGAGUGACAGUGCUCACAGCAUGGAGGAGACGCUGGAGGUCAGAGGUCGCGCGCCAAUGCCUGACCUGGACAUGUUGGUCCUGCUGAAGAUCACGGCGCUGUUGUUCCCCACGUCAGACUUCAGGCAUCCGGUGACGACGCCAGCGUUCCUCUACAUCAGCCAGGCGCUCAGCAAGUGUGUCGUGGUCUCUCUGGAAGACGCCUGUAAGGGUUUGAUCCUCUGCUGUCUGGCGCUGGAGUUUGUGUCUCUGUCCAAGAGGUUUUUCCCAGAGCUGAUGAACUUUCUGCUGGGGCUCCUGCACCUGACGGUCCCCGACAAGACCAACACAGGUUAUGCAUUGUUGAGUCCGUUCAGACAGCAGGGGAAGAACUGCGAUCUGUUGGUUCUGACGGAUCCAAACGCGUGUCAGAGCUGGAUAAGAAAACCAGUGUCACUGCAGACAGCUGUCAGAUGUCCAGCGGAGAGAGAGCACUGCAGGCUGUCUCUCGUCGACUCGUGUCUGGAUCUGGUGAAUCGAUGCACGUCUCUCUACAAGGACCUGCCGUCAUACACACACAUCUUCCAGCCAAUCAGAGUGCUCCUCCUGAACCAUCUUCCCAUUUCGCUGUACCCGUCCUGCACACAGGAUCUUCACAGAGAGAUAUUAGAUGCCAUUCCUGAACAGCCUUCCCAGCAUGCACCUCUGGUGUUCAAGAAGAAGAAACCCAUCCCGCUGAAACUCUUCACACCUAAGAUUGUGGAAAUUCUGGAUUACGGUAAAAAGCGAGGGAACACUAAAGAAGAGAAGGAGCGCGAGCGGCUCAAGCACAAACACAAGCGUGAGUUUAAGGGAGCGCUGAGGGAGAUCCGCAAGGACACGCGGUUCCUGGCUCGGGAGAAGCUCAACGACAUCAUGAGCAGGGAUUCGGAGAGGAAGAGGAAGGUGAAGGAGCUCUUUGGCAGUCUGGCCAAUCAGGAGGGAGAAUGGAAGGCCCUCAAGAGGAAGAAGAUGAAGUGAUGCUUUAACACGUCCUUUCUGCAAUGAACUGCUUUAGUAUGCUGAUAAACUGCAUUUAUUCUCAAGUGGAGAUUUUGUAUGUGACAUUAUGAGAAAUAAAAGGAAACUGUGCAGUGAGA